AUGAGCCCCGUACCAGGCCGCCCGUUUGACGCCGGCAUUCCUGCAACUUGGUUCCGCGACGAAUGGAAGAGCCCGAGCAAUUACGCAUUCACGAUCCUUCUUCUCCUGGGCGGCGAUGUGGUUGCUAAGGCAUUGGCCCAGCUUGCCGGCGGUAGACUGACUCCCGUCGCGUUUUCCUUCGGAUGGGUUUCUUAUGCGACUUCGGCAGUCAACUCAGCCAUCGGAGAGCAUAAGUUGAUGCCCGAUGCUGACACGGGUUGCUCUCUUAUCAACGGCAAGAACGGCUUCGUCCGUGGCAAUGGGUCUUGGGUGUUAGGCCGAAUCAUGCGAGACUACCACUGGUGGAUGAGUGAUGAGAUCAAGGUCGAGACGAAAAAGGUCCUCAAGUCUGCUCACCAGUACGACCUCGAAGCCGAGAAGAAGAAACCUCCUCACCUCCGAAGGCCUGUGGCCGAACGCGUCCAAGCGGGCUUAGUUGUCAGCUUCUGGGAAGCCAGUUCCAUGAAAAUCGCUGGAAAGCCAGGGAAGGACAUCCUCUACUGGUCGGGCAUCUGCGUCUCCAUUGUCCAACUAGGCAUUGCCGCGAUACCUUGCGGGCUUUACGGGGACUGGGGCGUGUUGCUGAUCACGGCCGCUGCGAUAGCCCUCUGUUUUAUUACCGGCUCGCUGACACAGUGGAGGGUUGAGAAGUGGGCGUGUCGCCAUCUUGAUGGCAAAGAGAAGAUCUUUGUUCUGACAAGAGGAAACGGCGCGCAGCACGCAAUCGUCAUCGACAGCAAAGGACGUGGGCUGGAUCUGGAGGACCUCGCAACCGGCUUUUCCAAUGUCGAUGCGCCGCAUAUCACUAUGUCAUCACGUCUGAUCUAUGCACUGCUCGGGGUCUUGUGGGUUUUACUCCUCAUCACAAGCUCAGCCCUGAUCGAUGAUGCCUGGUUCUUGAUUGCCGUGGGCGGCAUCGGCAUCCUGCAAAACAUGUUCGUUGCUGGCUGGAACAGAGAACCAGAGGCGCUGGGUGUGCCGCUCGACUAUGUUGGCGUAUAUGGCAGCCCGAAGGUGAUUGAUACACUCUAUGAAGUCGAACGUAGGUAUGAGAAGGUUGGCUUCAACAUGGUAGCGACGUUCUUUCCAGGUGGCAUCCGGGACCAUGAGCAGGCGCAAUUCGAUGCGAUCAAGCAAGACCACAAGAAGAGGAAAGCGGCCGAAUCGAAGGAGUCCUCAUCAAGCAACGAUGGCGCAAACGGGAAUGAGAAGGCACAGACGGGUGAUUCGACAAUCGCAAUGGCGAAGACAGGGUGA